AACACUUUUUACAUAUGGGUAUAAAUAGCCAGCCCCUUGAAGAAAUUGAUAUCAACGGCUCACAAAAUUACCCUUUUCAAUCAAGUAUUAAAAGAGGCAAGUUAUUUGAUAGCCAUGGCGAGCGACGCCGCCGCCAGUGAUAAGGCGGCGAAACAGCUUCCGCGCAAGCAAAACAAGCCGGACCAGACGAAGCGACAUCGUUCGAUAUUUGAACUCCCGCCGGACUUCUUCGAUUCAUGCCGCCUCUUUAACUCCACCUCGUCUCCUUUAUCGGAUUUUGAAACUUCGCCGGAUGAUGACUUCGAAGAAUCGAAAUCGGAAAAAGAAGCUGCCGACACCAGCAAUCAUGAUGGUAAUGCUACUAACAGUGGUAAAAUUAUGCAGAGAUGGUCUUGCAACACGUGUAAGGCGGAGUUCGAGUCUCUACAAGACCAGCGUUACCACUUCAAAUCCGACCUGCACCGUUUCAAUAUAAAGCUAAGCAUUGCUGGAAAGAGCAUUAUUAAAGAGGAAGACUUUGAUGAAGCAAGUUCAAACUCAUUGUCUAAAGACUACGAUGUAUCAAGUAUUUCUGGAUCAGAUGAUGAGGAUGAGAGAGAGACUAGUAUUCUUGCCGACAGGAAACAUGAAUGUGGUGGACUAUCAAAACGUAAAAUCUGUGUACAAUUGAAAGAUGGGGAGAUAGUUUCAGUAUGGAAAUGCUUAUUUCUUGAUGAGUCUGAUAGUAUUUCAUAUGAAACUGAUAAGCCGCAUUUCAUGGAUGGGGCUGGAGUAGUAUAUUUGACCCCAAGAGAAGUGAUUGAAAAGCUGAGAUACAUACUUCAUGAACCUAGAGAUAACUCCAGAUUGAGGAUUAUUUUACUUGCAAGGGGUGGGCACUUUGCUGGGUGUGUCUUUGAUGGUAAUUCUCUUGUGGCGCAUAAGACUUUUCACAGAUAUGUUGUGAGGGCCAAGGCUGGUAAAAAGCAAUCAUUAAAGGAUGCAGGUGGCCAAGCUAUUCAUUCUGCUGGUGCUUCACUGCGUCGAUAUAAUGAGCUUGGUCUCAAAAAGGAUAUUCAAGAACUACUUACUUUAUGGAAGCCUCAUUUUGCCAUGGCCUCCUGCAUUUUUAUUUAUGCUCCUUCAAAUAACCGUCAACUAUUUUAUGAUGGAGAAAAACCUUAUUUCAUCUGUCAAGAUCGUGCAAUAAGAAAUAUUCCAUUGACAGUUAGGAGGCCAACCUUGAAGGAAGCUAGACGAAUAUACAGUUUGCUUGUGCAAGUUUCACCUGAGAUAAUUGAGGAAACAAUCCUUGUUACAAAAGAGGAAUCAUUAUCUAGUGUAAAGAGUGGAAACCAGAAGUUCAAAGAAGAUUCAGAGGGUACAAAUGUUGCUGAGGCAAGUUCCGUAGUUACUGAAAUGGAUGGUUUGUCUGUUACAGUCGAGUCCAGAGAUGAGAUAAAUGCUGUUGGCAUAUCAACACCUUUGCAUGAAGCUGCAAAGUCUGGAAAUGUUCAAAAUGUUCUGGAACUCCUAGAGCAGGGUUUAGAUCCUUGCAUUAAAGAUGGAAGGGGCCAGACACCAUACAUGCUUGCCAGUGACAAGGAGGUCAGAAAUACGUUCAGACGCUUCAUGGCGUCAAACAUGGAAAAAUGGGACUGGCAUGCUGCAAAAGUACCUAGCCCUUUGACAAAAGAGAUGGAGGAAUCUCAAGCCGCUAAGCAGGCAGAGAAAGAUGCCAAGAAGAAAGCCAAAGCGAAAGAGUUAAAGAAACUUAAAAAAGCGAAAGAAAAGAAGGCCCAGGCUGAAGCUGCCGAAUCCAGUAAUAUCUCGUCUAAGUCGGGUAACUCGGGAGGUGCUUUCCUCACUACCAAGAAAGGCCAGUCUCACUCUGCUGGUUCAGCUGCAUCAAAAGAGGAGGAGCUCAAAAGAAAUCAAGAUUUGGAGAGGGAAAAGAGAGCUGCAGCUGCGGAGAGACGAAUCGCAGCAUUGAAAGCUCAUGAAUCUACAGCAGUUGCUGCUGCGAGUAAUUUGCAGUCAAAUAAUUCAAGUGGGAGUGAUGUUUUAUGCUCGUGCUGCUUUGUGUCACUGGCUGGAAUAGUACCAUUUCAUCGAUACCAUUACAAAUACUGCAGCACUUCAUGCAUGCAUGUGCACAGAGAGAUCCUUGAAGAUGGAUGAGCUCUUCCAGAUUUUCCCAGAGAUAUGAAUGCAUAAUUCGUCUUUGAUUUUUGCUAGCUGCAUUUUUGUUUUCUCUUUGUGCUAAAUAAAUUUUAUUUAUUCUGGAAGAAUGUCUCAUCUUAAAUAAAACCCUUCCACAAAAUUCAUGUCA